UCUGCAUGGAGCCCGAAGUGUCCCAUUCAAAUCCUUUUCCUUCUGCUGCUUUUGAGUCUUCCUCCACAUUUCUUUAGGUCCUACACAAAUCUCAACUUUUGGACUUUUGGGACUACUUUUCCCCCCUUCUUUUUGAUUCUCCUUGGAAUUGUAUCGCCUUUGAAUAUGUUAAAAUGGGGCUGCUGACGCCAUUCCUGCUAUUUGGAUUUGUCCAUUUUCAAGUUAAUGGAUCUCGUCUUCGUCAGGAAGACUUUCCACCUCGAAUCGUAGAACAUCCAUCAGAUGUAAUUGUUUCUAAAGGAGAGCCAACAACUUUGAACUGUAAGGCUGAAGGAAGGCCAACUCCUACCAUUGAGUGGUACAAAGAUGGAGAGCGUGUGGAAACUGACAAAGAUGAUCCCCGGUCACACCGCAUGCUGCUUCCUAGCGGAUCUUUAUUUUUCUUACGAAUUGUACAUGGACGCAGGAGUAAACCAGAUGAAGGAAGUUAUGUGUGUGUUGCAAGGAACUAUCUGGGCGAAGCUGUGAGUCGUAAUGCAUCUCUAGAAGUAGCAUUGCUACGGGAUGAUUUCCGGCAAAACCCCACAGAUGUUGUUGUGGCAGCAGGUGAACCAGCUAUUUUAGAGUGCCAGCCUCCUCGAGGACAUCCUGAGCCCACUAUCUACUGGAAAAAAGACAAAAUCCGAAUUGAUGACAAAGAAGAGAGAAUCAGUAUACGAAGUGGAAAGCUUAUGAUUUCAAACACAAGAAAGAGUGAUGCUGGAAUGUACACGUGUGUCGGCACCAAUAUGGUGGGAGAACGGGACAGUGAUCCAGCAGAGCUGACUGUCUUUGAACGACCUACAUUUCUCAGGAGACCAAUCAACCAGGUGGUUUUGGAGGAAGAAGUUGUAGAAUUCAGAUGCCAGGUACAGGGAGAUCCUCAGCCAACAGUGCGUUGGAAGAAAGAUGACAAUGACUUGCCAAGAGGAAGAUAUGACAUCAAAGAUGACUACACCUUGCGUAUUAAAAAGGCAAUGAGCACAGAUGAGGGGACCUAUACAUGUAUAGCUGAAAACAGAGUUGGAAAAGUUGAAGCAUCUGCUACUCUCACAGUUCGAGCACCUCCACAGUUUGUGGUAAGGCCACGCGAUCAGAUUGUUGCCCAGGGCCGAACAGUGACCUUUCCAUGUGAAACUAAGGGAAAUCCUCAGCCAGCUGUGUUUUGGCAAAAAGAAGGCAGCCAGAAUCUUCUCUUUCCAAACCAGCCUCUCCAGCCCAACACCAGGUAUUCUGUAUCACCAACAGGAGAUCUUACUAUCACCAAUAUUCAGCGGUCUGAUGCAGGCUACUACAUCUGCCAAGCACUCACUGUUGCUGGAAGCAUUUUAGCAAAGGCUCAGUUGGAAGUUACAGAUGUUUUAACAGAUAGGCCUCCACCCAUCAUUCUCCAAGGACCUGUGAACCAGACACUGGCAAUCGAUGGAACAGCUUUGCUGAAGUGCAAGGCUACUGGUGAUCCAAUGCCUGCUAUCAGCUGGUUAAAGGAAGGAUUCACUUUCCUGGGCAGAGAUCCAAGGACAUCUAUACAGGACCAAGGAACUUUGCAAAUUAAACCUUUACGGAUAUCCGACACUGGCACCUAUACUUGCGUUGCUACAAGUUCAAGUGGAGAAACAUCUUGGAGUGCUGUGCUAGAUGUGACAGAAUCUGGGGGAGCAGCAGUCAGCAGGAAUUAUGAUUUAAAUGACCUCCCUGGGCCACCAUCCAAGCCUCAGGUCACUGAUGUCACUAAGAAUAGUGUCACCUUGUCUUGGCAGCCAGGCACCCCUGGAAACCUACCCACUAGUGCAUAUAUCAUUGAGGCUUUUAGUCAGUCAGUGAGCAAUAGCUGGCAAACAGUUGCUAACCAUGUAAAAUCAACACCUUACACUGUGAGAGGACUUCGUCCAAAUACAAUCUACCUGUUUAUGGUGAGAGCUAUCAACUCACAAGGUUUGAGUGACCCCAGCACCAUGUCAGAGCCUGUCCGAACCCAAGAUAUCAGCCCACCAGCACAAGGCGUGGAUCACAGGCAAGUCCAAAAAGAGCUUGGGGAUGUCAUUGUCCGGCUACAUAAUCCCGUUGUGUUGACCCCUACCACAGUUCAAGUUACCUGGACGAAAGAGCCCUGCAAGGGACUCAGGCUUAUGGGGAACAACACCAUCUGCCCUAGUAGCACUUCUGUGGCAAGGGCAGGCUGCCACUUGCUGGAUGGAAAGGGACUCUGCAUGGUUGACCGCCAGUCCCAAUUUAUUCAAGGUUAUCGAGUUAUAUAUCGCCAGACAUCAGGACUACCUUCUCCUUCUGCAUGGCAGACCCAAGAGGUUAAAGUUCCAAUAGAGCGCAGUGCUGUCCUAGUCAACUUGAAAAAAGGGGUUACUUAUGAAAUUAAAGUUCGACCGUAUUUCAAUGAGUUCCAAGGGAUGGACAGUGAAUCAAAAUCUGCCCGUACCACUGAGGAAGCUCCAAGUGCCCCUCCACAAUCUGUUACUGUUCUGAUGGUUGGAAACCACAACAGCACCAGUAUCAGCAUUUCUUGGGAUCCUCCACCUCCAGAUCACCAAAAUGGAAUAAUUCAAGAAUACAAGAUCUGGUGCUUGGGUAAUGAAACAAAAUUUCAUAUCAACAAGACUGUAGACGCAGCCAUUCGAUCUGUAGUGAUUGGAGGCCUCUAUCCAGGUAUUCAGUACAGAGUAGAAGUUGCAGCUAGUACCAGUGCUGGUGUAGGAGUGAAAAGUGAGCCACAACCCAUAGUCAUUGGAAGUCGUAAUGAAGUUGUCAUCACGGAAAACAACAAUAGCAUAACGGAACAAAUAACAGAUGUUGUCAAGCAACCUGCCUUUAUAGCUGGAAUUGGUGGUGCGUGCUGGGUAAUACUGAUGGGUUUCAGUAUCUGGCUGUACUGGCGCCGAAAGAAGAGGAAGGGCCUCAGCAAUUAUGCAGUCACAUUUCAAAGAGGAGAUGGAGGACUUAUGAGCAAUGGAAGUCGGCCAGGCCUGUUAAAUGCAAGUGACCCCAGUUAUCCUUGGCUUGCGGAUUCUUGGCCUGCCACCAGCCUGCCGGUAAACAACAGCACUAGUGGGCCAAAUGAUCUUGGGAAUUUUGGUCGUGGAGAUGUACUGCCUCCAGUGCCCGGCCAAGGGGAUAAAACCGCCACAAUGCUUUCUGAUGGAGCCAUUUAUAGCAGCAUUGACUUCACUACCAAAGCUAGUUACAAUAGUUCCAGCCAAAUAACACAGGCAACUCCAUAUGCCACAACGCAAAUACUGCAUUCCAACAGCAUCCAUGAAUUGGCAGUCGAUUUACCAGAUCCCCAGUGGAAAAGUUCAAUUCAGCAAAAAAGUGACCUAAUGGGAUUUGGUUACUCUCUACCUGAUCAGAGCAAAGGCAACAAUGCCUUACUUUACAUCCCUGACUACCGAUUGGCUGAGGGAUUGUCUAAUAGAAUGCCACACAACCAGUCACAAGAUUUCAGCACCACCAGCUCUCACAACAGCUCAGAAAGAAGUGGCAGCCUCUCAGGUGGGAAAGGAGGGAAGAAAAAGAAAAACAAAAAUACUUCCAAACCUCAGAAAAAUAAUGGGUCUAACUGGGCCAGCGUUCCUCUUCCUCCCCCUCCAAUACAGCCUCUUCCAGGCACAGAACUAGAGCACUAUGGUUUGGAUCAGCAAGAAGCAGGGUAUGACAGUGAUGGUUGGUGCCCACCAUUACCGGUCCAGACAUACUUGCAUCAGGGAAUGGAGGAUGAGCUUGAAGAAGAAGAUGACAGGGUUCCUACACCUCCUGUCCGAGGAGUGGCUUCAUCGCCUGCAAUCUCUUUUGGACAGCAGUCCACUGCAACACUAACACCCUCUCCACGGGAGGAGAUGCAACCUAUGCUUCAAGCCCACCUUGAUGAACUGACCAGGGCCUAUCAGUUUGAUAUAGCAAAGCAAGCAUGGCACAGUCAAAGCAAUACUCAGCCUCCCCAGACCCCAGUUCCACCAUUAGGAUAUGUGUCUGGAACUCUAAUAUCAGAUUUGGAAACAGAUAUUCCGGAGUAUGAGGAUGAGGACGAUAUUGAAGAAGCUAUAGAAAUCACAAGGCCACUGAGAGGACUGGAGCAUACUCCAGGCUCCAGCAUGGACAAUCUAGACAGCUCUGUGACAGGUUCACUUGUAAAUGGAUGGGGUUCUGCGUCUGAUGAGGACCGUAACUUUUCUAGUCAUAGAUCUAGUGUAGGUAGCUCAUCAGAUGACUCCAUCUUUACCAGCGGCAGUUUUGCACAAGCUCUGGUUGCAGCAGCAGAUAAAGCUGGGUUUAGGCUGAAUGGAACCAGCCUAUCAAAAACAGGCAAACCAUAUUCGUCCUCUCAGAGGCCUCGGCCAACCAGCCCAUUUUCCACUGACAGCAACGCCAGUGCAAGCCAGAAUCAAAGUCAAAGGCCUAGGCCUACCAAAAAACACAAGGGAGGCAGAGUGGACCAGCCUCCAUUGCCUCAUCGUAGGGAAGGGAUGACAGAUGAUCUUCCGCCACCACCAGACCCACCCCCUGGUCAGGCUUUAAGGCAACAGAUAGGCCCUGGCCAACGUGGAGGUUCGACAGAGAGGAAAGGAAGCUCUCUAGAACGACAGCACACAUCCAGCAUAGAUGAAACAAAGAGUUCUUUGGAUCGUCAAGCUAGAACGUCACUAGAGUGGCAGCGGCAAACCCAGGAAUGGAUAACCUCCACAGAACUUCAAGGCCAGCAAAAGCCAGCAUUUGGAUCAGAAGAGGCACUGGUGCCAUAUAGCAAGCCUAGCUUCCCAUCCCCAGGUGGUCACAGCUCUUCAGGUACAGCAUCUUCAAAAGGGUCAACUGGACCCAGAAAAGGCGAGGUCAUACGAGGAGGUCAUCAACGCAACACCAGUGAUCUAAUUGAUGUAGGCUAUAUUGGGUCAAACAGCCAAGGACAGUUUUCUGGUGAAUUAUAGUAGUUGAACUGAGACAUCUUGAGCUGCUCUCAAGGGCCAUCAUGGUCUGAACUCAUGGAAGUGAUGACACUAAAACAGUGCAAUGAACAUUUUCUUUAUUUAUGUACUUACUAUUAAAAGAACUGUAAAUGCAAUGUAAAGACACACAACCACACAUAUCCCACAGAUACUCUACCUGUGUUCUUCUCUUUACUACACCUUCCACCUUAAUCUAUUUCUUAUCAAGCAUAUAUAAUGGAAAAAAAUCACCCUCCAGGAUGAAAUGGAUUUCCCGUGUAUAUAAUUUCUUUUUAUUGCAUUGCUAUGCAACUCACCUUUUUUUUAGCUAUGUUCAUAUUAUUGUCUGUUCUUAUUGGUCUGUUGUAUUAUAUGUGAAUUAAUAGGCUGUGGUGCCAUAUAAUAACUUUUAAUUGUGUAACUUUUUAUGUUUAAAGUUUGCACUGCAACUUUUUUGUUGGUGAUAAGCACAAAACUCUUACUCCUCGUGACAUGAAGAAGAAAAAAAGACUGAAUGUGAAAGGAGUCUAUGUACUGUAAGCUAUGUUGGAUAAUGCUGGAUGUAAUGAAUUAUGUUAGGUGGUUUUCCAUUUGGGUGUAGAAUUAGGAAGAUGACUGGCAAAACUGAUGUUAACAAAGGCUUAUUGGGACAUCCGGGAUAGAAUCCUAUCUGAAAUAACAAGCAACAUGUUGCUUUUACCAUUUAAAAAAGGGGUCAAAUGAUGGAAGUGUGAGUUUCAAGACCAGAUUAGAACUGAAAGCCUCCUCUCUUCUUAGUAUCAGUUUUCAUUUGUUCAACACAGUUGAACUCGCUACAAAGGAAGGAAGUUAAGGUGUUUCACUAAAGCUGUUUUUAAAUAUAUUACAGUUUUAAAGAAUUACUGAUGUUCUCUCUCCUCCAGGAAACACAAACCAUAUGAACUAGCAGGAGUUAAAGGUGCAAUUUAUGAUUGAGAUAUCCAAGCUGCUUCCAAAAAACAAAACAAAAAAAACCUAGAUUAUCUUAGUUCAUCUUUCCAAUACAUGUACAGUACAAUGGAAGGUGUAAAGCUGCAUCACUUGAAAUUCAUGGCAUAAUUGUUUUUAUGCAGUCUCUACAUAAUUUUGUGUUGUAUUAUCUGAAAUUUCCAGAAACUGAAACCCAAUUAAUUUGUACUUAGACCCCGGGUUAAAAUGUUUGGGGGAAAAGCAAUGGUAAAGUUAUACUCAGUUUGAAAUUAAUAUGACUUUUGCCAAUUCACUGCAUUAUUGGAAACUGGAUAGAAACAAGGAAAAGAAAAUGUCUUUGACCUAUUUUUGAUGAGUAAAUUUCAAGCCUCUUCUUAUGAAAACAUGAUGCAUGUUUAUACACUUUUUGAAUAAACCAAACUCUCUGUAAGUGGACAUUAACAAAAGCAUCCUGUCUCAUCAUUAGUUCUCAUGACUUUCUCCAGCUUUGCUACAGUAUUUUUAGUUCUCUGUUAGAAAUACUGUACAUGUAUAUCAAAUGCAUUAAAUAUUUUAUUUAAAGUUUAAAUCAUAGAGCUUACUUCAUUCAGUCACAUCAUUAUUACAAACUUCCAUUCAAACAUAUCUUAUGUACGAUCAGUCCAUGUUGUUUUAUACUUUGCCUUGGUGCUCACACUGCUGCUAAGCGAAGUACACGUUUAGAACAAGCAAAUAAAUCUGCUAAAUAUGUGUUGCUUUUUAUUACAUUACAUUGGAAUUGUUGAUAAGGUAGAACAUUUUCAUUACCAAUUGUAAAUCAGCACUGCAAAUAUCAAAUUUUCUCAUUUAUUUACGAUCAGGGCAUUGGCAAACCAAAAAAAAAAAAAAAAGUUCAAGGAAAAGUAUUUUCUGAGUUUAUGUGACCUAGGAAUUUAUGUAUGUUCCUGCUUAUUAAAAUGCUGGAUAUAGUUAAAGCCAUUAUUUUUAAAUGUACAGAAAUGUUCAACAAAUGUAUAAAAAAUGACAUUUUUCCUUUCCUGAACUGAGUAUGUUAAUGUGAAGGAAGGCACCAUGUUCCAGCAAUAGUAAUCUAGGUAGAGAAAUAGGCCUGUGCACACAGAGCCAUGUAAUGGAGAUGCAAUAAGCUUCUCCUAAGGGGAGAUAAAUCCCCACACCUCCAGCAGCCUCCCCGAGCAUCUGGUACACCUAUGUUUGCAAUGGAGAACAGUAUCCUUACCCUUGCAACAUCAGAUUGGUGUUAUGAGGGGCUUCUGAAUGCAGUACCUCACAGCACCAGUCAGUGGUUAGAUUGGAAUGGGAAUAUAGCCAAAGGGUAUUUGAUUCCAUCUCUGUGACACAUCCCCCCUCUUGUUCUUGUCCAGUGAUCAGUGCUCUGAAGGGCUUUAUUCAGAAGCCCCCGACAGCACUGAUGCUUACUGAGAGGCUGAGAGGCUCCCUUCCCCAGGUCUCAACUCACCUGAAAGUUGCCCAUGACUCAAAAGGAGUUUCUGCACUCUACAUUGCCUCAGGUUUUGCUGCUGUGAGUUUUUUUAUUGUUGUUGUUGUUCAGGUGGAUUCAUAUGACCUAAGUAGCUUUGAUACUUUUUGUGGAAAGCAGUAUAUAAACUUGAGUAAUAAAAUGAAUAAAUAAAUAAAAUAUUUCCCUCAUGGUGACUUAGACUAAAAUAUAGGAAAUCUUAGUCUUGAGAGU